AACAAGGAUGUUCUACAACAAAACCAUUUUUGUUCUUCUCAUUGUAAAAUAUACUACAAGAACUGAUUCAUUUCAUUGUCUCUCAUUUUGUCUUUCAUCAAAUCUCACAAAUCCAAAAAAAUAAAAUAAAAAAUGAACACUUCAAACCCAACACCAUCUUCUCCACCGGAAUCCACCGCCGACGAUACCGAACCAUUCCUCGUCCGAACUCGCCGUUCCCUCCACCGCACACCACCACCACUCCGUACCGCUUCUCGUUUCAUCCGGCGUGCAAGCUCACAACGUAUGAUGCUCCGUGAACCAUCCAUACGUGUCCGAGAGAGGGCGGCAGUUGAGGUUGAAGAGCGGCAGAGGGAAUGGGCUUAUUCAAAACCAGUGGUAGCACUUGACAUAGCGUGGAACUUGUCGUUUCUCGUUGUUAGUGUUGUCGUUUUGGGUUUGAGUAAUAAAGAGGAACCUUGUGUGCCUCUUAGGGUGUGGAUUUUGGGGUACUUGUUUCAGGGAUUGGUUCAUUCGUUGUCUGUUGUUUCAGAAUUUAGAAGAAGGAGAAUGAAUAGUGUUUUGGAAAAUUCUUCUGAUGAUUUGGAGAGUGGUCCAAGGUGGAGUUUGAGUUCUGAGAGUGAUUCUGAUGUUGAUUCUCAGCAGUUUUUGGAUAAUGAGGAAAAUAGUAUCAUGAAGCACAUAGAGUCUGCAAACACCAUUCUAUCAUUCAUAUGGUGGAUUCUUGGGUUCUACUGGGUAACUGCUGGUGGUCAGAGUUUGACAAAGGAUUCACCUCAGCUUUACUGGCUCUGUAUCACAUUUCUUGCUUUUGACGUUGUGCUUGUAGUGGUUUGUGUUGCUGUUGCAUGUCUCGUUGGAAUUGCUGUUUGCUUUUGUCUUCCAUGCAUACUUGCGAUUUUGUAUGCAGUGGCAGAUCAGGAAGGAGCAACCAAGGAAGAGAUUGACCAGUUGCCAAAAUAUAAGUUCCGAAUGAUAAAGGAGUUUAAGAAAGAAGGCGAUGGCGAAGAAUCAUCCAGAGGAGUGAUGACAGAAUAUGACAGUGAUUCAGCAUCCGAGCAUGUUAUUGCCGUAGAAGAUGCAGAGUGCUGUAUCUGCCUCUCUGCCUAUGAUGAUGGUGCUGAACUUAGGGAACUUCCUUGCAAUCAUCAUUUUCAUUGCACAUGCAUUGAUAAAUGGCUGCUAAUCAAUGCUACCUGCCCUCUCUGCAAAUUUAACAUUUUGAGCACCGAUAACCUUCAUGAAGAAGUUUGAACUAGUUGCACUGACAAGGAGGGCACAACCCUUUUUACAACAAUUUCGGAUUUACUUUGGUUAAUGUACACUAGAAUUACCAACAAAAAAUUAGAGACAGAAAAAAUGAAAUUCAUUUCUAAGGUAUACCAAUUUCAUUUUUUUGUUUCUAAUUUUUGUCGCUAAAUGUUAUACCAAUUUCAUUUUUUCGUCACUUAUUUUUGUCGUGUCGGUGAUUUCUACUUGCUUCAUCCUGUUAUCUAUGAUCAGCUGUUUCCACCUAACCAUAUUGAGAACAAUUUGUUUCCUGGGUAGAUAUGAAGAAUUUGAGUCCUUCGCCUACAAUAGGAAUCAGAUUUCUUGUUCAAGGUCUCACCUAUUUUUUAUAUUACUGUAUAUCUCUUAAAUGGUCAUAAAGCUUGAAUGAAAAUAUCAAAAUCCCUAUGUAUCAAUAAUAUUGAUUUUGUUAUUUCACAGUUGCAAAAUAUAAGUUCUACAUUCAAAAUACAUUGCACUUGUUAAUUUUACAGGAGGUUAUGUAUCUGGUUGAUUUUCAGGGAUUGUUAUUGUUAUUAAAAAUGUUGUUUCUUGCAAUCUGUCGUUGGGUUUGGCACUUUUUCCCAGUUAAUAAAGUUUUCUAUUUGUUAAGAAGUCUCACAUCGGUUGCGAGAUGACAUGAAUGUGUGUUUAUAAGUGAGGGCAAUCCUCAACUUAGAAGCCGGUUUUGCAGGCUUGAGUUAGACUCAACUCUCAAUUCUAAGACUAUUAAUAAUGUCCAAAGCCAACGU